AUGCUUGCUCGUUUGACUGCAUCCCUCUAUGUAGUGGCGACCAUGAACAUUUUUGCUGCUGCCUCCCCUCAAUUGGGCUACUACCCUCCGGCUUCGUCCACCGUGACCACUGGCAGUUGUACCGUGGCGACGUUCACAACCACCUUGGCAGUGACGAAGCCCGCCAUUUAUACCACUACGCAGACGGUUACCGCCACCCCGUUCACUACGACGUCCACAAUUACUAUACCGCUUAUUACGACGGUAACUCAGCCCUUCACUACAACGGCCACAACGUCUAUUGUCUCCACGCUCACCGUGCCCAUCACUACCACCGUCACUCGACCUGUAACCACCACCUACACCCAACAAACCACUGUUGGCACUGUUAGCACGACCAGCGUCACCGUACCAAUUACGACUACCAUCAUCAAACCUGUCACUAUCACGAACACGGUUACCUUUAUCGAUCCUAUCACCACCACCGUCACCCUCACCGCUACUCCGUCGCCUUCCCCAUCGCAUCAAUGCAACAAUGGCCCUAUUCUCUGCUGUGAUCAAGUGCAAGAAGCUGGACUUUUAGGUGCUAUUUUGGGCCUCCUUGGAAUUAUCCUUAGCGACGUUGAGGGCCUCCUCAUCGGGGUUACUUGUGUACCACUCAGCACGCUAGGCGGCAACAUUGGCUCCAAGCAACCGGUUUGUUGCGAUAAUGACAACUAUGGUGGGCUCGUUGCCAUUGGCUGCACUCCGUAUCCAUAUGCUCUCUAA